GUUGCAGUUUUGCCUUCAACGAAAGAAAAAAAAAAGUUGCAGUCCUGCAGUUUAGCCUCUCGCCUCUAGGCACAUCGGCGUUCGGCGCUCAAAGCUAAACCCUAGCUCCAACCUCGACUAGCCGGCGGCGGCGGUAGAGCGAGCGAUCCCCGGAGAUGCCUGCGGCGGCUGCUGUUGCGUCGGCUGUGGAGAGGCUACAGGCGGCGGCGCAGGACGCGGCCAACUCCUCGGCGCGCUCGGCUGGCGCCUUCUCCGAGCAGGCGCAGCAGGUCCUCGUGCCCAGGGCUGCCGGGCGGGUCGUUUCUCUGUCGACAUGUACAAAGGUCAGCGCCAUAAGCUUUGCAGUUGGUGUCUUGGUGGGGUUCACGCUCAAGAAAAGGGUGCGCCGAUGGGCUGCUAGACUGCUGAAGAGAAUCAAGGAUGAUGACUAGUGCCAUGUUUCUGCAUUUAGUUUAGUGCCAAGUCGACUCUUUGAACAGUUCCAUUGGUUUUCUAUGAACGGAAGAUCAUGAAUCAUCUGCGUUCCAGCAUUUGGUAGUGUGUAGAUGCUGAUACAGCAUUGCUAAUACUAGCGAUGUGGGUGUACCAUGCUGCAUAACUCUUCUAUGCGGUUUCCUUUGUCGUGAAACCGUGUCCCCUGUUAUUGUGCUGUGCAUUGUGCCCCCUUCCAUUUUUUUUUAUUGCACGAGGCAUCAUUUGAAAGAGA